CAAUGUGAGCGUCAGCUUGAGAAAGUCAGACAGAAUGCAGCUUGGUCCCAAAGCUUUAUGUAAAUGAAAUCUACAUUUCAGAAGAUAUGUACAACUUUGCGUUGUUUUUUUGUCACCUCCUAAUAUUAAGUGCUGUGGAAGCUAAUACAGGUGCAGUGUCAUUUUGGAGGGAGACUUUCACAAUGACAUGUCCAGAAACUGGGACUUGGUUCAAAAAAGGAGAAUCUGAAUCUCACAAUACAAGCAAAUCCUUAACAGUUGAAGGCAACAACCAAGGUCUUUACCAUUGCAAAUAUAACAAAAGCAGCAAUGAAAUCAAAUAUUAUUUCUAUGUGGAAGGAAAGGUCUGCGCCAAUUGUUUUGAGCUGGACGCAGAACUGUUUGGGAUAUUCAUUGUUGCCGAUGUAAGCAUAACAAUUAUAUUGAUGAUACUCAUCUACAAGUGCACCAAGAGGAUAAGUUUACUGAGUACGAAAGGCCCGGACACACCUUCUCCUGAUUAUGAUGAACUGAAGGCACAAGACCGCUCCCAAGAUCCAUACUCUUUUAUCAACAGCGGCCGAUCAAGAUGAAGCACUUGUGGCUGGCUGGUUACAAGUUAAAACGCAAGACAUACAACUACUAGUAUUCUGGCAACUCCAUAUUUACACAAGCAUGUCACUCAUUUUAUCCGAACCAAUAUUUAGAAAGCUCACACGACAAAGUACGGCUCAACUGGGAAAAAUACCAAAGGUUCAACCUUAUGAUAUGUAGUAUAUUGGAAUAUUUCACGAUCACAUGACGUCGGUGCAUCACACAAUACAUCUGACAAACAUGGUUGAGGGGUUGCAAAGACUCCACAGUGGGACUUAAAAAGGGAAAAAAAUCAAUUGCCCUUGGGUGCUGGAUGACCUCUGAUUUGUUCCAAAGUUGUAAAAAAAAAUGGACUAUGAAAUACUUCCAUUCCUCUUUUAACUAUGCAGUAUUUCAAUUUAAAUUUUGAACUAUCAUAGAAGUGACAUCAUUACUUACCUAGCUUAAAGAGAAGUGCAGAAGAAAGCAGGCAGGUUGCUGAAGGUGACCUAACUUCAUUACCUGUUACACAAGUGGAAAAAUAAGUUAACCUCCAUAUAUUAAAACAAAUAAAUAAAUGCCCACCAAUCACUUUGAUGAA